AUGAGUGACGACGGGUGGCCCAGAGGUCAAGAUUGUGAUGACGAUUCCAGCGGUGAAGACACACCAGAGGUCACGAGUAUCAAGAAAAGGAUUCAUCAAGCACUACGCUCAAUUGAUUCAAAGGGCGACUUUGCUUGUUUCCGUGGUCUAAAUGGGAUCCUUGACCCAAACCUCCAUAUCAAUGGCCUAGACCGGGUGGUGAAGCUGCCUCUGUCCCCCGACGAUGCCAAAGCCAUUAUCGAUGUCUGUCACAGAAGUCCGUUCGGAAAGGGUGAAGAGACGCUAGUUGACACCUCUGUGCGGAAAUGCUGGGAGCUCAACACCACCGAGUUCGACAUCAAGGCUCCCGGAUGGGCCAACUACAUGAAAAAGAUUGUCGCUGAUGUCGGCAAGGGGCUGGGUGUUGCCGAUAAGGUGGGCUCGAUCAGAGCAGACCCUUACAAGCUUCUUAUCUACGAAAAGGACGCAUUCUUCCUAUCCCAUCAGGACUCUCCAAAAGCAGAUGGGAUGUUUGCUACUUUGGUCGUCUGCUUGCCUACAAAACACGAAGGAGGUGAAAUUGUCCUCAACCAUCGGGGCAAGAGCAUGCAGUUCAAAACAUCCACCACAUCAAUGGCCGGAUUCUCAUAUGCUGCAUGGUAUUCGGAUGUCUUCCACGAGAUCAAACCCAUCACCAGUGGACAUCGUCUGGUCCUAACCUACAAUUUGAUUCUCGAAGGUACGGACAAUGUACCGUCUGCUCCUAGCUCAGAGUCUAGUGCAUUGAGAAAUGUAUUAAAAUUCUGGGAGCCCAGAGCCGAAGAUGAAGGCCCGUAUUUGCUAUUGUACAAGCUUUCGCACAUGUACACAGACUCUAGCCUGAGUUUCCAGUCGAUGAAAGGCACAGACCGCCCCCGUAUGGCUGAACUUCAGACAGCCUGUGAGGAACUAGGCUUCAACCUUUACUUAGGAAAUGUAGAGCGAGAAGUUAGAGGCUCAUGUGAUGAUUACACAAAUUCUCAGGGCUAUUAUGAGAUUCAGGAUACUAUUGAUGAUAGCACCAUCAUGAAACAGGUAAUCGACUCGCAAGGAAAUUCCGUAUGCGGCGAGAUUCCUGUUAAGAAUUGGGAGUAUAUCCAAAUGAAUGUCCUACGUGGAAUCCCUACGGAUGAGGAUUACUCGGGGUAUACAGGAAACGAAGGCACAUCUGCUGUUGUUAUCGUUCCCAAACGACUUGAUGUUUAUUUUCGCUUCCGAGGCAUAAAUGGAAGCAAUCACAUGCAAUUUCGAGACCUGGCUGGCGCUAUCAUAGCCCAGGGUCUCUACACGAUCGGGAAUAAUGAAUUAUUCGAAAAAACGAUAAAGCUACAUGCAGCUUUUGUUUCUCCAGAGGUCUACCCAUGCAUUGCAGAGAACUUGGUCGGCCAGGAAUACGAGAUUGUGAAGAAAGCGCUUAAUUAUAUCUUCCUACAAGCUCGGGAUCACCCAGCGAAACAAGUCGUGGUGGCAACUGAUCUUGUCUCAGCGUGCAUUGACAUUCCAGACGAGAGAAGGCCAGCCGAAUGGGUUGAUUUGCUAUGUUGGCGGGAGCAAAAACUUGCCGGGCUUCUACCAAGACUACAAAAUGCUAAACUAGGAACCUCAUAUAUAAACGGACAUCUCCGUAUGGAAGAGUUCCGUGCGUUCUACCGAAGAACUUUCGAAGAUCUAGUCAAAGACCUCAACCUGGACCAAGGUCUCGAAGCAAAGCCCUUGAAUAGUUUUGGGCCGCUCCGGACAAGCAUACAAUAUAAAUCCUCGGCCCUCAAGGGUGAAGAUUUGAUCAGUAUUUACGAACAGUGUCUUGAUUUCGAUAUACCCCUGUCCAUUCUUCAUGCUGGCAUUAUUCGUUCCAUAAAACAGUCUCAGUCGCUUAAAAUGGCUUUCCCCCAUAUAAUUGUCCCUUUCCUUCGGGGUAUAGUGUCAGGGUUGCCAGGUCGAACUAGCCAUAAACAGGGAUCCGCGGAGUCGACUUUCGUUCUAAGGGCGAUCUUGGAAUACGUUUUAAGAUACGUCCGUCCGAGAAGUAACGCAGCGGCGAGCUGGAGACGUCCACCGGCGUCAAGCUGCAGAUGCAAUGACUGCACUGAGCUGAAUGCAUUCUUGGAAAGUCAUACGCAAGAAGUACUUGAGCUGCGGAUAAACUCGAGCCGUCGGUUUCAUAUACACCAGGCUCUUAACAAAGAUCGGACAAUUCGUCACGAAACUCGCCGCUCGGGUAAUCCAAAUACCUUGGUGAUUACCAAGCUCGAAAACCCAGCCACCAUGUGGAAGAGUAGGGCUGUUGAUGCUGUGAAGAAUAUAAACAGUAUUGUUUCUCCUACGGAGCUCGAAGAAUUCCUCGGGUCCGCCCCAUACAAGUCAUUAAUGGCUCUUGAUAUUGUUAUCAAAGAUCGCCCGAUAGAUGACUAUAUUGGGCACUCCCGCUCUGAAGUCAGUGGGAGAAAACGCUCGGCGACUUCAGAUUUAAAUCCUGAGGGAGCUUCUAGUAUGGUACAUGACACUGAAGUGAUUGAUUUAACCUGA